GGUAUCCAUGUACCAACCCAGCCAGCACAGACACAUACCAGUGAUGUAAAGUUACGUAAAAUUGGGGACGUUAAACCUCUCAUGCGAUGUACUUUGUAAAUCACAAGGAUAGAUCUGCGAUAGCCGAAUUUCCGCAACUGCGCUCCAGAAAAUUACAUUCGGGGUACACUGAGAAAAUUUUUUCAUCGCCACAGAAAGCUUCUUUUGUAAAACAGCAGAAUCACUUCACAGAAAUGGGCCAGCUGUUUACUAUUAUAUAUAUUUUUUCUUACAAUGGGAAGAAUAUUAUCCACCUACAGGCGAAUUAUUUAUAGUUCUAGCAAGUAUUUAUGCUACCACAGAAAUAUGUCUUUCCAGCAGUUUUUUUUUUGUUUCUACUUAGUGCGGCUGGAUCAAUCGCUUGUUAAGUCCUUGUUAGUUAACAAAACCUUAGAUUGUGUGGAUGUCAAUAUGAGAUUGUUUUUGUGUGGCACAUUCUAAGGAUAAUUUAUUAACUAAUGGACUUAACCGACGAUUGAUCUAGCUGCACUAAAGAUUUUAUUUCAUAUAACCAACCUUUUGGAUUUUAUUGGCCUUCAGCUUAAAGCUUAAACAAGAAUUAAAAGCCUGCAAAUUUCCUAGGAAAAUCCAGCUCUUCAUAAGUUAAACCUAUAGUUUUUUGAAGCUUGAAACUACAGGAAAAAACCAUUGGGUUGGUUAUACGAGGUGGUAAAAUCGCCAGUAGAAAUAAUUUCAGUUGCAGGAAAGAAAUAUUUUUGUUGUUACAAUAAAUAAUUAUUAUUAGAACUAUGUACCGUAUUUAAAAAAAAAAAUCAAGUUGGUGACCAAACGGCGUCUGCCAGAUUGAGCACAGAAGAGCCAACACCGAGACCUUCCCACAGUUCCGUCGUCUAUGAAUGCACACUCGGAAAUGCGAAAAGAAAAGAUGGAGAUGGACACGCUUCGCCAGGAUUGGCGAAACGGCGGAACGAAGAGCUCCGAGAAUAGUCGAUCUGAAGUCUAUAGACAAGUACUCUCCUGAAUCACAUAUGUUCUUUUCUAUUGUAGUAAAAUACUUUGCCAUUCUUGGAAAAAAUAAUUUACAAAUAAUUUUUACCAGUGAUAGCAAAGCACUUAUUCAUUUUAGAAAAAUACAUUUCUGAAGAAGCAGAUAGAUGCUUGGUAAAAAAAGUAAUUUCUGGAAUAAGAAAUAAACUAUUCUAUUUCAUGACCGUAUUAUCCAUUUUUAGUAAAGCUGUGACUGAAAAGUUAACUUUACUGGCCCAAAAAAGUAUUUUUAUAGGUACCGAGAAAAUUCUGCCUGUCUUAGCCAAAAAAAGUUUUGGAAAUAAUUCUUUGCUGGGAAUUUUCUCAGUGCAGCAACCCGUGAGCCCGAAGAAAAGAGACCAUCCUAGACUUAACAAGUUUUUCUAUUAUCUUGGAGAGUGUUGGCAGCAGAGAUAUAGGGCGGUAACAUGAUGGAUCGUCGGUGCUACCGCCCUUGAAAAUUGGUCUUACUAGAGGGGUCUUCAGACUCUCGGGAAAGUAUACCUACAAAAGAUACUGAGCUAAGAAAGGCAUGGUUGCAGGCCCUAAACCGAUGGAAUUAUGCCCCAAAAUAUGGGUUGGUUUGCGAAAAGCACUUUUUAGCAAGUGAUUACAUAUUAAAUGUACAUGGAAAUAAAGUGCUCAAAAACAAGACUGUUCCUUCAGUCUUCGAUUUUUCUAUUCACUUACAAACCAAAAUUGAAAAAACAAAAGUUUUAGAAACAGUCAGCGCUAAUGAAAUGGCCUCAGAAAUUGAUAAUGAAAAAAUGAUGAAUGUUGAUUUUGAAGAAUCCUAUGAUACAUCUUCUAAGCAACCCUCUGAUAAGCCCGAGGAUAAGCCAUCAUCACAUAUGCCUCAUGUGCCUUUGAAAGUUGAGAAGAAAUCCCAAUUUUGUUCAAAAACAGUCAGCGCUAAUGAAAUAGCCUCGGAAAUCGAUUAUGAAAAAAUGGUGAAUGUUGAUUUUAACGAUUCCUCUGAUAGACCUUCUAAGCAACCUUCUGAUAAGCCCUCAUCAGAUACGUCUUAUGUUUCUGUAAAAGUUGAAAAGGAAUUCCAAAUUCCAUUUAUAUCAAAUAGUUCAAAUGAAAGGAGAAGAAACAGAAGGGAUCCAGUUUUUUUUGGUGAUUUUGAUGAAUCUGAUAUGGAUUGCAGAGUAAAAAGAACCAGGUUCUGGAAGGUCGCACAUGAGACAGUCGAUAAACAUAAAAAACUUACUAAAUACUACCAGUGCCAACUUAGAAGACAAAAAAAUAAAAUUGAAAGCCUUAAGGAGUUACUUAAUGAGUUGAAGAAAAAGGAAAAAUGUCCCAAACCUUUACCUAAAUAAAUGGUAGUUGGUUUAUUUUUUAAUUAUAUGUUUUAGUAAAUAGGACAGCUUUCCCAAAGUAGAACAGCAAAAGAAAUUAUUUAAAAAAAUCAAAAAGGGUAGAUACUUAAGCAUUGCUUUUUCAUUUAUCAUCAGCCUAUUACUAUGUUCGAAAAAUAUUUGGGAAACACUCCAUUACCUCACCCAGUCAUCCAUGAUCCAUAAUCCAUGUACUCUUUCCGAAUGGGACAGUUCUGUUGAUGGUACGCCAGGAUUUAGAUACAGCUAUUCAAGCUAUAAAAGUUGAAGUUCAAAGCAAACAAAAAAAGAGCGAAAGAUGAUGGAUGAUGGAUGAAAUGUCUAUUCAUACUUCAUGAGCAUGUAAACUGAGUGGAACUUGGAAGUGAACAAGUAGGCUAUGUAGAUUUUGGUUUGGACAGGCUUUGGCUUUGGUGGCGGUGGAAGUGAACAUACAUUGAAAAAAGCAGAAAAAUGCUCUAGUUUUUAUGUAGAUGGAAAGCGCCAAUAGCAUAUUUUUUGGUUAAUGCUAUUUCAGCCAACAAAAAAACAAAAUUGGUAAAGGCUUGCAGAUUCGCAAAUUUCAAAUAUUCAGCCGUUUUUUAAAAAUCCGGCAAAUACUGAAAAUAUUUAUUACUAUGUUCGAUGCAUGUCCUGAUGGUAAAACUAACUUACCUUUACCUAUACCUACCUCAACUUUAAUUGAAAAGUCUGUAAUAUACAAGAGUAUAAAAAUAUAGGUACAAUCAUUUACCCAAUGAGGUUAAAGUUGCUCCAACACUGAAAAUGUUUAAGAAUAGAAUAGGGUCUGCAGGAGAUUAGUUGGUAAGGCUUAUUAUAGUAUUGUCUUAUGUCUAAUUUAAUUUUGUGUAAUGACUUGACUUUAUAGUUUUAGUGUUGAUUUGUCAACGGGACUAUUUUUAUCUUUUGGAUAAUAAAGCUUAUUUUCAAUUUGAA